AUGCUCAGAGGAGUGCUGCUGAGAACCCUCUCUGUGUGCAGCUCUCGCAGCAAUGCUCCUCCCACGCCCACGGCGCAUGAUGAGGCAUCAGCUGCUGGACACAUCACGCACGUUGAGGGGACUCAAGGGGUGCCACAGGCUUCUGGGCAUGUGGAGCAGCAACAGCACAAUCCUUUGGUCGUGGCACACGACGUGACUUUCAAAUCGACUCAAAAGUCUUCUGGGCAUGUGGAGCAGCAGCAGCACCCUUUGGUCAUGGCACACGACGAGGCUCCUGCACCCAGGGGUUGUCAUCAGGCCUCCCAUGGGAUGAUGGCUCUUGCUGCUGCACCCAUGGCGGGAGCACCAGUGCUGCAAGCACCCACAGCGCAUGCACCCCUUGUGCAGGCACCCGUGGGGCAGCAGCACUCCUCUCCUUUCCAAGGGCCACAGGUCCGACUGCUUCAGAUGCCAUCCAUGCAGCGGCUAACCCAGGAGCUGCAAGCAAGACAGAAUUCUCAGCAAAGGGAGUCGCCUGGGAGCUCUGAGAAAGCUGGCUCGCUGGAUACGAUCGACGUUGACAUCUGUGGGGUGGAGGAGGAUGAGGAUGAGCAUGCGACGAGCAAGCAAGAGGGGGAGAAGCUGGAUGGACCCUCAGCAUUGGAUGGAUCCUCACCGUUGGAUGGAUCCUCACCGUUGGAUGGAUCCUCACCGUUGGAUGGAUCCUCAUCGUUGAAUAGCCAAUCCCCAUUGGAUAGUUCCUCACCGUCGGAUGCACCCUCAUUGCUGGGUGGGUCCUCAGAUUUGGGUGGGCCCUCAUUGGAUGGGCCCACAAUUCUUCAAAUGUGCGACUAUAAUGAAGACAAGGAGGCUCAAGGUCAAGGUGAAUCAUACAGAAAUUGGUGGGAUGACCUCUUUCCAGAGAUGGUGGAUGUGGAUUUAGUAGCGGCGGUGCAAGGCUGA